AUGGCCUACCCGCCUCCUCCAGGUCUUAAGCAGACACCGUCGUCACUUCCUCCGCGCCCACCUCCCUCAUCCAAUGCAGGACAGCCACCCGCUGCCGCCCAUGGUGGUAGACCGGGCUACAACGCUUUCACGGCGUUCCAGCCGCGUGCCGUGGCGUCCAGUCAGCCCCGCCCCAAGACCGUGAUCUCAGCUCCUCCUGUCCCUGUGGCCACAUAUGCAGCGCCUGCUACAAACUACGGUGGUCAUUACCAGCAACAACCUCAAAGCUAUCCAUCGGCCGGGCCAUCAUACUAUGGCCAACCCCAGUACAGUGAAAACACAUACGGCCCAGCCAUCCCACAUAUUCAAAAUCCGUUCGGUUCCACUCCAACGCAGGCCAAUUCGGGAUCUCGACCCGGCAACGACUCUGGCUUCGACGCAGAAACCGAGGCUCAAAUCGCACAGUGGCAAAGUGCCUACGCAACACCCGCUGAGGAUAUCCACAAGCGUCAUGCCGGCGCGGGCACAAACCCCGCUGGAGCCCCAACAGUGACUGCCAACACACCUGCUCCCCAACCUGAGUCUCAGAAGACGGUCGUCCGCUCCGGCGGUGGUCAAACAUGGAAUGAUGAUACGCUGCUCGAGUGGGAUCCUGCUCAUUUCCGUCUUUUUGUGGGCAAUCUCGCAGGCGAGGUAACUGAUGAAUCCCUGCUGAAGGCAUUCUCACGCUACACAUCAGUCCAAAAAGCGCGUGUGAUUCGAGAGAAGCGCACACAAAAGAGCAAGGGCUUUGGCUUUAUCAGCUUUAGCAACGGCGAUGACUACUUUGCCGCUGGGCGAGAGAUGCAAGGCAAAUACAUCGGCUCACACCCAAUUCUUCUCCGACGAGCCAAUACCGAGGUCCGCCCCGAAGAGCCCGGCAAGAAUGGAAAGAAGCACGGCGGUAAAAAGUCGGGCAACACCGGUGGCAAGGUGAAGAAGGACGGGAUCAAGAAGCCUGGAAAGACUAAGGGUGGUUUGAAGAUCUUGGGUUGA